CACUUUGUAUUCUGGCUCUCCCAACUAUGGAAGCUUUCAGCUUGCUAAGGUACUGGAGGAGUAAUGGCGGUGAUGGAAGCGCCAAUGCUAACGUAAAAACUUCCGCUGCUUCACCCACCGCCACCACCAUUGUUACAGCAGUCAGCACCCAAACCUCCGACACGGGAGACGACGAGAAUGAUCACGGACCGUUUUUUGACUUGGAGUUCAAUUUACCGGUGGAAGGAGGAGAUGAUGAGGAUACGAAAGACGGUGGCACUGGAAACGAUGUCGAUUAUGGCGAGGAAGAGGAGGAUGAAGAAGAUGAAGAGGAAUCAGAUGAGAGGGAGUUGAAGUUCACGCUUUUGUCUGGUUCCAAUGGCAAUAGUACGAAUGAUGCGAAUACGACGGAGACUAAUUUAAAGCCACCGCGGCUUCGUGUUUCGUUGAUGAAAUCGGCAACGAAGCUUCGAGUUAUGAUGUUGAAAUCGGCAACGAAGCUUCGUGUUUCGUUGAUGAAAUCGGCGACGAAGCUUCGAGUUAUGAUGUUGAAAUCGGCGACGAACGCAUCUGAUUAA